AAUGCGGUAGAUUGCACUGAGACACCCAGCUGCUGUCGGUGUGUACACGUUGAAGACGUUUGUUUACGUUGAGUCAAGCAAGAAUAUAAGGAAUUGAAGCGAUUUACCGUGUUUUUGACGUUUAUUAUAGCUCUUGUCACGUGACCACGCUAGGAUAAGAGCCUGUUGUUUUGCGUUGAGAAUCAUUUUAUGUUCCUUUUUUUUCUGCUUUUGUUGUUUUAUUCCUGACCGUUUUUGUUGUUAAAUUAAAAAUCGCAAAUUCAAUUGAAAUUGUACAAGACUUAAAAAUGGAGUGUGUCUUUGGUAGUGUAAAGUUUAAUGGGAGGUUGUAAAAAAAAAAAAAAAAAGUCUUGUGUUUCCUGUCGAGAAGUUCGACGACUAACAUGAAGAAAUGUAUUACUGGAUUUAUAGCUUUGUGUACCAAUCACGGGCAAGCAAGAUUUCACUCUAAGAUGGCUUCUAAGAAUGACAGCUCUCAGAUGAGGGAAUGCCUCAGUCACCAAGACACAGCUAAGGACAGCAGAGCAGGAUUGAGCCAAAAGCCUAUGGACACCUCGCCUCCGAAUCAAAGGCACAGUGAGGAUGAGUGCUCCGGGACUGAGGCCACCGACUUGAGGCAAAAACCAGAUGCCGAGGCACAGCCAGGAGAUUCCUGCUGUGGGAAAAAGCUGAAGAGAGAACCUGACUGCCACAUGCAGCUGGAUAAUCUGAGAGCAGACAAUAAUCACACAGUGCUCAUAGAUACAAAGGAAUUUUCUCGUGACAAAAUAGUUGCAUAUAGAGGAAAACAUGUGUGGGAUGCUAACCAUGUGAAAUUACCCAUAAAUUACCCGGUGAAUUCCAAGGAGUCUCGCUGGGAUGCCACACAGAGAGCUCUGCAGAAACUUACAGGGAAUAGACGUAUUUCAGUAGCAGAUGUAGAGGGGGCCAUUAAAAUUUACAAUCAAGCCCACAAAGAUGAUUGGCGUUUUGAUGCCCUUCGCAUAUAUGCUCAGGAAAAAGACACCAAUUUUUCCCAUGUGAUUCCCAAAAUGGCCAAACUGGCACUCAGGCUGCCGGAGCUCAUCCAACAUCCCAUUCCUUUGCUGAGGGAAAAGUCCAACCACAAGAUAACGCUGUCCCAGGAGCAGAUCUCCUGUCUGCUGGCCCACGCGUUCUUCUGCACCUUUCCCCACAGAAACGCAAACUACCCCGGCAGUGAAUAUGGCAAUUUCCCCAGCAUCAACUUCAGCAGGCUGUUUGCCGAAGUGUCUCCACGAACGAUUCAGAAGCUCAAAGCCCUUUUUCACUAUUUUAACACUGUAACCGAAGAAGGCAGAAAACCAACUGGACUGGUUACUUUUGAACGAAUAUCCAUUCCUCCAUCUCAGUGUCCUGAAUGGCAGAAACGAACGGAGCAUUUGACCAACGUCCGUGUGUAUGCGAAAGGCUCCAUCGAGAAGGAGGGCAGUGGCAUGCUGCAGGUGGAUUUUGCCGCAUGUAAGGUAGGCGGAGGAGUGCUCGGGCGAGGACUGGUGCAGGAAGAGAUUCGCUUCCUGCAGUGCCCUGAACUGAUCGUGGCUAGGCUCUUCACUGAAAAACUGUCCGAUAACGAAUGCCUGAAGAUCACAGGCGUUCAGACAUACAGCAAUACCAGCGGCUACAGUGAUAGCUUUGCCUGGAAGGGACCCUAUAUAGACUGCACCCCAAGGGACGAGUGGAAACGACGUUACUGUCAGAUUGUUGCCAUCGAUGCGACAAACUUUGAAGACCCAAGACAGCAGUACAGUGAGAAAAGCAUAAAACGAGAACUCUUCAAGGCGUUCGUCGGAUUCAGAGAAGAUCCAAAUAUUCCCAUUGACUACACUCCUGCCAUUGCAACUGGCAACUGGGGAUGUGGAGCUUUUAAAGGCGAUCCAAUGCUCAAAGCUCUUAUCCAGAUGAUGGCUGCAGCUGUGGCUCAGAGAGACUUGGCGUACUUCACCUUUAACAACGAGAAGCAGGCAGAUGAACUGCAGAGAAUGUACGAAUUUCUGAAGCGUCACAAGGUCACCGUCGGCAAAUUGUACAGUCUGCUGCAGGACUACUUCAAACACUACAGUUUUCAUCAGAGAGGGAAGAAUGUGUUUGAGUACAUCACAGAGAAGAUUUGCCACACCAGUCACUUGUGAAAACCUGCACUUCGCUGGAAGGCAAUACAAAAUAUUACAUCGAUAUCGGAUGUAAAAAAAACUUUAAAUGGUGUUCGAUUUUGGUUUCAGGGUUUAAAAUGAACCGCAAAUGAAAAUUCAUACGAAGCACUUUAUAAAUUAGUUUUGAAUGUGGUUUUCAUUACAAAAAUAAAUGAUGGAGGGUAGAUUAUACAUGUAGGGUAUUUCGUGUCAAGAUUUGGCACAAUAUAAUUUUUAUUUUCUUAAUAGAAUUUCUUUUAAUUGAAAACACUGUGUACAUGCAAUCUAAGAAAAGAUCCUAAUGAAGCCAAGCUGCUUUUAUUCAAUGAGGUAUUUUAAGAGAGCAACAUACAAUAUUAUAUGUAGAAAAUAAAUAGAAGUCACUAAGUUUUGGCGUGGUCUGUUUGACAUCCUGUUUGACAAUAAAAGGAGGAGAUUUCAUCUUUCUGCCUGA